AUGAGAGCUUCUUUAAAAAAUAUCGAAGCUUCCUUCUACAAGAAGUUCACAGAUGUGUCUGCCUUGGCUGGGGGCCCCUUGCUUUCUCCUUCUGCCUCGUCUUCCCUCCAGGCUGCUUCCAUUCCUGCUCGUCGCCGUCACCGGACUACCUUCAGCCAGGACCAGCUGGACCAGCUGGAGGCCGCCUUUGCAAAAAACCACUAUCCUGAUAUUUACUGUCGAGAGGAGCUGGCGAGAGCUACCAAACUCAAUGAGGCUCGCAUUCAGGUUUGGUUCCAGAAUCGACGAGCAAAACAGCGGAAGCAGGAACGAGCGUUCCCCAAAUCUGCCACCACGGGUGUCCUCUCUGUCUGUCCCCUUCCCAUGCCUCCAACGCGGCAGUAUCAGUACCCACCCACCCUUGGGCCACACCAUCACCUGCCUCGUUUUCCUUCUAAUUAUACUCUCCCUCCCGCAACUCCAUCUGGAGCUCCAACUCAGUUCCCAUGCCCCCAAACUGCCCGCACUCACGAAGACUGGUACACCCCUCUGCGCACCAUUGGGUCCCCCACAGUUACUUCCCCACCUUCCAUGAUCUCACUGAGUCUUGAUCCCAGCACCCUUUGGAACUGAGGGUCUCUUUGCAUGCAAAAAUAUGUAUAAGGUGCAUCCAGGUGGGGAUAACACACAUAAACACGGGGAACACAAAGCCACUCUUAAGGAGAAGCCAGAGCGUGACACCCUUUCUUGGCCCCUGCCAA